AUGAUGCCUCUAAACUUUGCCAUCCAUUCUUUAGAUUACCCUCUUGUUCUUUCUUUUGUUACUGCUAUUGGCAUUGUCAUUCUCUUGUUAUCCUGCCUGAUUGGAGCCUGCAUCAUUGCUACAUCAUUCAUCACCUUGAUCAUCUACAUUAUCUGCGAAUGCCUUUGCUGGCAUGUAUUUGAGGAGUUCAUUUCUGAUCUGCUACAAAGAGGAAUUCAUCGAGUCCGGAUGUUGACCUACCAAGCAAUAAUCCCUAACUAUUUGCAACCUUUGGAUAUGAUAGAAGGGUCUCCACAGAGCACAGAUGACAGAGAAAUGAUAAGCCAGCAAACCUUAGAGAAACUAUUACCGCCAAUGAUUUAUGGGGGUGAUAAAAAUUCUUUUGAAUCUAAAAACUGCACCAUAUGCUUGGAUGAUUAUGUGGUUGGUGAAUCAUGUCGAGUUUUUCCAGAGUGUAAACACAUGUUUCAUUUGAGUUGCAUUGAUAACUGGCUCAAGAAUCAUCUGACAUGCCCGGUUUGUAGAAGACGUAUUUAA